GCCCUGGUAGCUGUCCAACUGCAAACACACAGUACACACAGGUCAUGUGCGAACUUGAAGGCAGGAAAUAAAGCGCGCUCCUCUGUUCGUGCGUAACAGGGAAGUGAGUCUAACCUAGUUUCUACGUUGUUAAAAGUUGCUGCGAACGGCUGGCACCGAAAGUUCCGUUUUCUUCUGUUUUAUCGACGCGUAUUGCUCAGCUUUCCGAAUUCAGCUUCAGCAUUACAUCGAGACACUGAGUGAUGGAAGAAGGGCACGUUCUGUAGGACUGUUCGGUGGACUUGUAAGCCCAGCAGAGGGGGAAGAGGCGACGAGCUGCAGCUAUUGUUUUUUUUCAAUGUUUUGAGUUCUCUACUUAGCCGAAGCCCUGCGUGAUCAUGGCCCAGUGGAUCCACAUGACCCAGAUAUUGCAGCAUCUGCCUUAUGAGACAGUCAGCAGCCUCUAUCCACCAAACACCUUCCCGAUUGAAGUCAGGCAUUACAUAUCUGAAUGGAUAGAGAACCAACGAUGGGAGGACUUUUCACAGGAAAAGGUAGAGCAAGAGAGUCAAGCUCAAAUUCUGUUGGACCAGGGUAUCAGCAUGAUGCAAUCCGUUGCUCAGCAGAAUGCCAAUGUUGUCGAGAAGAUGAAGCUGAUGCAGAUGAGCAGGCACAUGGAACUGUUUCACCAGCAGCCACUGAAGUUUGCACUGAUGGUCAGAGACCUCCUCAGGCAGGAGAGGGCUCUGAUAAAUGGAACCUCCCCUGCACAGUACCCAGCGUACCCGACGAACGAUAUGUCCAAGCAGGACGUGGACCAACUGGUCCUGAAGGUGCUCGAAGUCCAGGAGAUCCGAAAAAAGAUGCACCAGAUACAAGAGGAGCUUAACUGGGAGAGGCAAAACUUUGAGAGUGCACACUCACAGGGGUCGUUCCAGCAGAAUGGACUUGAUUCUGCAAAUGCAGAAAUCAAGAAACUUCAGACUCACAUCCAACAGCUGGAGUACAAUAUACAAGCAAUGGCCACGAAACGUUCACAGCUGCUGAAGGAGUCUAUGGAGCUGCUGGGCAUCUGCCAGAAACGAUUUCUUAACAGGCUGACCGAGUGGAGUUGGGAGCAGCGCAAAGCAGCCAUAGGAUUUCCUUUUGAUGACAACCUCAGCCCCCUGCAGACCUGGGCUGAGCAGCUUCUUGGGAUGAAUGGAAACCUGAGACAAGAGCUGAUGCUGACUGGGGAACUGACCCCGGAGCUCCAGGAAGGGCUGUCACAACUUGUGCAGGUUUUGAUUGAAAGCUCUCUUAUAGUGGACAAGCAGCCCCCACAGGUGAUAAAGACACAGUCAAAGUUCUCCACAACUGUGCGAUAUCUGCUGGGAGAGAAGGUAGCUCCUGGGAAGCCUGUGUUGGUGAAGGCGCAGAUCAUUAAUGAAAUACAGGCCAGGAACCUGGCAAAUGUACAUGGUGAUAAUGUUGGUGAACUCAUCAACAAUUCGGCCGUCCUAGAACACAACGCAGCCACCAAGAGCACAUGCUCCAACUUCAGAAACAUGUCCAUCAAGAAAAUCAAGAGAGCAGACAGAAAAGGAUCAGAGUCUGUGACAGAGGAGAAAUUUGCCCUCCUGUUCUCCUCAGAGAUCAACAUCACAGGCUGUGAGACUCCGUACAGGAUACAGGUGAUCUCUCAGCCAGUGGUUGUUAUUGUUCACGGGAGUCAAGACAACAAUGCUGUGGCCACCAUCAUAUGGGACUGUGCAUUUUCUGAGCGAGACAGAGUACCCUUUGUGGUGCCGGACCGCGUGCCGUGGAGGAUGAUGUACAACACUCUCAACAGCAAAUUUACAUCUGAGGUUGGGACGCAGCACAACCUGGACCAGUACAACCAACACUUCUUGGCACAGAAGGUCUUUGAUAAGCCCGACUUUAAUGAGGAUUUCAGCAACAUGAUGGUUUCCUGGGCCCAGUUUAAUAAGGAGGUUCUCCCAGGUCGACCGUUUACCUUCUGGCAGUGGUUUGAGGGAGUAAUGGAGCUGACCAAGAAACACCUGAAGACCUACUGGAGCGAAGGGCUGAUAUUUGGUUUUAUUGGGAAGCAGCAUCUCCACCUGAUUCUCAAAGACAGGCCCAAUGGAACAUUCCUGCUUCGAUUUAGUGACUCGGAAAUUGGAGGCAUCACCAUCGCUUAUGUGUCUGCUACUGAAAAUGGGGGACAAAAAAUCCAAAACAUCCAGCCUUUCACCAAGAGAGAUCUUGAGAUCCGUGGCCUCGGGGACCGCAUCCGCGACAUUGACCACAUAACGUAUCUGUAUCCUGAAUUUCCUAAACAUGACGUUUUCAGAAAAUUCUACACAGCAGAGCCUACGUUGUCCACCAACGAGGGUUACAUCCCUGUGUCUCUCCAACUUAAAGUCGGCAUGGAUGCCCAACGCCCAACUUCCAGUACACCAUCUUCCUUCAACAUGGAUACCAUGCCCUCGCCUCACUCUAGCUUCAAUGUGGAGCCUAUAGCCCCAGCACCUAUAGUACAAGGGCCUGAGACCUCACAGAGUAGCUUCUCUAUGCAACAGUUCCAGUCACCGUUCAACUCAUCAGAGUUCUCUGAUGAAAUAAUAGAUGGUGCAACAACAGAUCCUGGCCUGGAGCCCAUGCUACCAGAUUUGACCUUUUUCGAUUAAUCUAGAGUCUUCCUGUGGGCUG